CGUCUGCACACAAAGGGAGGCUAUUCUCAUCAGGUGUGAAAAGACCGGAAGCAGUUUGUCAUCACCAACGACCGUGAUGGAGACCUUGCUGCUUCUGAUCGGAAUAGGUGUCUUGCUGUUGUGCAUCAUCCUCACUCUUUUCAUUUUACUCGUUUACUCUGGGUUAUUCGAGAAAGUUGAAGUUGGUGCUGGCAAACCACCGAUCGGCGAGGCCGUAAUCGCAUACAAAUUUGCGCGUGGGCCCUACAAAGAGGCAGGGCCACUAUUCACAGAAGUUUGCAAGAUCGCCCCCAAAAACAAAUGUCUGGGUAUUUAUUAUGAUGAUCCCAAAACGGUUGAGGCAAGCUGCCUUCGUUACAUUGUAGCUUCAGUACUGUCUGAAGGAGGAGGAGAAGUAGACGAAGAGCUGAAAAAGAAGUUUGAAGAGGAAGGUUUUAAAGUCAUCAGCCUGCCAGAAGUGGACUAUGCAGUGCGCACUACAUUUCCCCAUGUCAGCACUUUGUCCAUCUUUAUUGCAAUCUCCAAAGUUUAUCCACAGCUUGCUGAAUAUAUCAAGGAACACAAGCUGUGUGCUCAUCCCUUUCUUGAAAUCUACCAGGACAACACAAUUUACUUCAUGGCCCCUUUGUCCAAACAUGAAGACUUCUAUGUCCCAGAAUCACUCAAGUGCCUGGAGGAAGACAAACAAGAUGAUGUUGAGAACAUUACUAGCUGCAACCUGCCCAUGUCAGCAAGUGAAGGGACAGAGCCAAGUCUUCUAAGCCACGCCAUGAAGGCUGGUGUGCUUGCAAACAUGGAUGAGGAAAAAGGAGACGAGAUAUCUGGAAUGGGCGAUUCAGGUAUUGCCACAUCCUUUGUCUCCUCAGAAGCCAGUGGUGCUGCUUCGAGGGAUGAAAAUGGAUCUGAUGAGGGAUCGACUUCCUCUUUUGAAGAAGUUAGAAUGGAGAAUGGAGAAAAUGUUGAUGAGUCACAAAAGAAGUCAGCUUAAACUGAUGGGGUGGGGGGAUGUGUUUUUUUUCUGGCAAGCAUUGAAAACCCACAUUUGCUAAAAACCAAAAACCGCAGUCAACUGAAGGAAGUCCCAUCAAAAUCUCCUGCUCACAUUUUUAUAUUUUCCCCUCCAAUUCCCACCCAACAUUUGUGAAUUGCAGCAUCUACUUAACUGCCUUACACGAUCAAGUUCCUAACUUUUAUGUGGAGGUUGCCACCUAGCUUCUUUAAGAAUCCUUUUUGUUUUUUAAUAGAAGACUUUAAGAAAUUGGUAUACCUGCACCAGCUAAGUACAGAUAUAUUAGCCAGUCUUAUAGGAUCUUACAUUUCUACUGUCUGUAAUUAUGCCAAGAAUACCAAUAAAGCUUAAUAUUGUGCAUUACCUGUCAUAAGCAUCACACCUGCUUUUUGGAUUUAAUGAGAGAGCCUGGAAAAAAAUGUUACUAACCAGAGUGACUAGUUAAUUUUGCAAAGAUUUGAACUUUUUCACUUGAGUACUAAGAAGACAAAAGUGGCAUUAAAUGAAUGAAACUGAAAACUGAGCACAUGCAAAAUGUGCCCUGAAUAAAGAAAUGCAUGCAUAUAUGUAUUCUUUUAGUGCUGACAUAUUUAAUCUAUUCUUAUGAUUGUGUCAUGAAUCAGAGUUUUGCUUAUGAUGAUAUAAAUAUAAUGGUAACAUCUUAGCAUUAAGGGAGCAUAACACUUGUAUGUCAUUGUUUAAUUGUAGACAUUCCACAACAUAGUGAAAGUCAUUCCGUGUAAGAAGCUAGAGCUACCAUAAAACUUUUAAACCAAAGAGCAAAUGUUCAAUUACCCGUCAGUCUGUAUUAAAUACUUGACACUGUGUGGUUAUGGAUGUUUGAAUUACUUUAUAAACAGAUGUAAAUAUUUAGUGCUAUGUUCAUGUAUUAUCAAUAUUGAAACAGAUCAAAAGAAAUGGAAUGUUACUGUAUAACAUUUUCUAGGCAAUAGAACAUAUAUCAAAGUAAUUGGAGAUUUUAAUAUUUAAGGUGCAUUAGUAUGCAUGUCAAGUCUUACUGAAACAUCAGGUUAUUAUUAUAAAGAGCUUUUUGCUGGUUGUGACUAAACAAUUGUUCUUGUCUUGUUGCUGCUUGUGAAGUGCAAUUUUCACUUCUUUACACAAUCUACUAGAUGGCUUACUGAAUGUAUGGCAGAAGACAUGUACCAUGGCAUAUCUGUACCUUGCAUUAACUUCCAAAGAUUUUUAAGAUUAAUACAUGUCAAUAUAAAGUGAAUCUGGUCUUGUAUAAAUAUUUCUUGUUUGGAAAAGUGAUCACAUUAUUCAUAAGGGCUUGGUGCAGCUGUUGCUAAUGUUUUGUUGCAAGGUUUUUAGUUGAAUUCCAUGACCUGUUGUAACAAAUGUUUUUAAGGCAUCGUGCAUAGAUUCAAGUUUUAACUCCAUUAAAGAGAUUCUUUUUAAUUGCACAUUAUGCAAAAAGUCAUUUUGAGUAUUAGAAAAACAUUUGGUCCAUACUAGAUUACAAGUUCCCUUUUAAUAAUAUUCCUGGGUGUAAUAUGAGACAUUGCUUUCUUGGCUUCAGUCUUCAGAUGUUUGACUGAGCUGUGAUUUAUUCAUGUGACCAAGUGAAAAUGGUAUUGACGAAUUGCUUUUCUAUUGCAUAUUCUGCUAUUGCCAGUAAGAGUUCAUGGCAUAUCAAAAUAAAGCAAGUUUUAUGCAGGUGAUUGUAAGCAUAUGUAGUGUAAAUAUGGUGAUCAAUAAUCAAGCCUAAUCACAAGAAGCAGAGUUAAGGAAAAAUAUCUGAUCUAAAUCUAUUUUUCUUUGAAAUAUAGAAGUCAGAAUGGUUUACUACAUGAUGCACACACUGUCACAUAAGAAGUCAGGUAUACAGAGCAAGAUACUUAAGAUUUGUGGAAAUGGUUAUUCAACAAAGGGCACCCUCAUUUAAUAAUUAUCAUGGUGAUUGAUAAACAUAGAUCUUCCCCUGUAGUUGUAUAAUAAAUCAUGUUCUGCUUCACAUAUAAUGUUAUAUGGACUUUUUAUCUCCUUUGGCUUGAAUACUUGUAACUCACUUGAUAAAAGGGAAAAAGCAGCUGUGAUAAAGCCAUGGGUAAUCAACCACAAUGAUGCAGGAAGAAUUUGACAAAAAGACACUGCAUGACAAAAUUAGGGAAGUGACACAGUUUCCUUUGCUUGACAUUGGUUUUUUUUUCUCACCUUUUCCCUAUUUUCUUGAAAAGAGAUCACCAAAAAAUUUAGUUUUGUAGAAUUGUUGAUGUAACCAGUAAUGUGAAAAAUAAUGUUACUUAGUGUUGUUGUAGAUCCAUUUUUUUGGUAACUCAUGUUGCCUAGUAUGCUUGGCUGUGGAGCAGGUUGCUGGUUCAAGAGCUGCUUAGGCCUGUGGCUGGAAAACUCCCCAGCCCACCCAGUAGCUGCUGUACAGAAAUGGAUAUCUGAUUUAUCAGGGCAGGGAAAGAUAGGAGAGGGUAGGGUUCUGCUAUUUACCUGCUAUGCCCUGGGCACAUUGGACCACUUUCAUUACCCUCAAAUCCUCUAGGGUGUGGGACCCUUUUCCUUGGCCACAUCAGGACUAUCUCUUCCAGUGUUUUCAAACACUUUUUUAUUAAAUUAAGAAAUAUAUCUUUUGAUUUGCCUAAGAUUGCAAUUUGCUUAUAACAUAUAUUGUAUGUUGCUUUCUUAUUAUCAGACUUAUGAUCGCCAGUUGGACCUAUUACCAGGUGACAAUGUUCUGUUUAAGUACCCAUAUUUUGCAAACAGAGGGGGUUGUAUACUCAUGUUUUUCGGAACUGAGUCAUUGAUAGGUUGUGCAGCUUGUUAAUGGUCAUAGUUAAAGUGGCAACCUGUCCUGAUUCAAUCAGUAUCUUAUUUCGUGCUUUAGUGGGUUUUUUUUUUUUUCAAGCUAGUCAGUACAUUAUGUCCCAUGUCUCUCUACUGUUUUUCUUCUUAUGUCAGGUCAUGCAUUUUCCAUUUUGUCCCUUAUAUCUAUGCUUGUAAGAAUUAUAAUACAAUGGAGGGCUAUUAAUCUGCGAAUUCACUUAAGACUCAGAAAAUGCUUGAAUCCCAAUUUUUUUACACUAUGGAUUGUAUGGACCUGGACAUGGCCUCUCAAACACUCUAGACAGGUGUUGAUUAUGACGCUACUUUGAAAAUGGCAACUUGCAGGUCAACACAUGAGAAAGGAUCGUGAUAAAAAAACAUUUAUUUUUCUAUUAUUUAGUGUAAUUUAUGAUUUAUCAAAAAAUAUUUCAGCCACGGGUGAGCAGUUUGGACCCCAAUCCCACGGCUUAAUGGCCCUACACUGUAAUUACAUAUAAUGUAAUAUCAUUUUCAUAACAGCGUAGAAAGGAAUAGAGUGAUACACUGAUGAACCAUUCUUUUUCCAGCAGAAUAAAUUUGUAUAUAUCUUUUCUCAGAAGUAAAAUUUGAGAAAAUAAUAGUCUUUCAGUAACAUUGUGUCUACAUUGAUUAUACACUUGCAUGCCAGUGAAAACCAAGUAUCCUUUGUCCAGAAAUGUUUGUCACAUUUGCCAGUGUUGAGUAUCAUGUUCAUGUAUCUAUAAAAGCUUUAAUCUCAAGAACUUUACUCAGCAAAUUUUGAUGGUUAGGCGUGGGAAUGUUACCUGAUAUUUCUGAUAUUAGCUGCUGCUGUAACAUUGACAUACUGCUAAUCUUCAAACACUGUAUAUCAAAUUUUUAAGCCAGCCACCACCUCUGGCAAAUACUUUGCAGCCAAGUUAAUGUGCUAGAUGGAGCUCUCAGAAUAUCAACAGGUCACUCAGUCUAUGCAAUGUGUUUUAUUCUCUCUGCUUCGUGAUCAUGCAGAUCCUAGCAAUCUAGGAAUGAUUUGACCUAUGACAAGAACUAUUUUCAAAUAUAAAUUUAUCUCUUUUAUCACAGAUUAAUAAUGACUUUGUAGAUCUGAACUACAAGUUGCAAAUCCUAAACAUCGUAAUCUGUGAAAAGAUGCUUCACUAUUGCAUUUGAUAUUUUUGACUGUUGUGAUCAGUUUGAUUUGGUGCUCUUGCAUGAAAGCAGUAGAAAUUGAUCUAAUGUGAUAUCAUUUACUGCGUAUCAUAGUAGUGUUUUGACAAUUUACCAGACUAAAACAGUAUAUGAAGGCGUUUGGUUUGGGAUUCAUGAAGGAUGACAAACAGUUGAAAUCUUGAAAGUAUUAUGUCAGUGCAUUUGCACUGAUUCCCCUCUGAUGACUUGUGAACUCAGUUUUUCAAAGGCAUUCUGCAGGCAACCUCAUGAGCAGCACAAAAAAAGACUUUUACCUAUUAGAUCCGUUCUAUGGCUGACAUUGUGCUAUACAUAGAAGCUUGUGCAGCAUGGAUUACAGUUUUUCAAUUGAAUUUUGUGCAAGCUGGCAGCAGCUUCUGGAAACAGCUUUCCUCCCACAUGGCAUUCUAUAGAUGACACAUUUGCAUGUUAUGUUGCGUGUGUCCACAUCUUGGUUUUUUUUUUUUGUGUUAAGUGCCAUGAACUUGCCCAUAAGGCCGAAAUAUGGCACUAUGAAAUUUAUUAUGAAUAGGCAUAAGAACAUCCUUCAGCUCAUACAAGUUUGAACUUUGAGAGCCCUAAAACUUUCCAUAAUAAAUGGCAGAUUACUAUCUAAAAAAAAGUGGGAGGUUUCUCUUAUUUAUAAAAGGCUUUUUUUUCCCUUUAGCUAUUUGUCAAAAAGUUCUCAGGUGAAAGCUGAUGCUUGCUAGUUUUGAAAAUUCUUUUAGCUACCAGGCAGGCUGAUGCUUGCUAGCUUUGAACAUUGCUGGCUGUUCUGAUGCAAAGACAAAAUUUUGGAAUAAAGUGUGGUAUAAAUCGCA